UGAGCCCGUGGAUCGUAGGAAAGGUUUCUCCUCCACUGGUUGCUUUUCCAUGGCCUAUCCAGGCUCGUGUGGCGGCGCAAGAGCUCGAGGCGAACUCGUGUGGCAGCGUAGGCGGCUCCCUUCUCGCGGUCCGGUCUCGCCUCUCUGCUGCUAGAGGAUCACGCACCUCUCCAGGCUCCGGAGGCUCCGACCGUGGUGGGUGGGCCCCGCUCAACGAUCCGAGUGGGAUUUCCCUGCUUGAUAUUUGCGAUCCAGUUUGGCUCUUUUCCUCCCCUGGUAUUUGCGAUGCGGCGUAGGCAGCGGCGAUGGGGUAUUUGUGAUGCGGCAUAGGCAACGGAUUUGCAAAAUAAUUUCUUUUGCAGGGUGUGUGUGUCUGGAUUGGGUGGGGUUGAGAUUGUUUUAGGAUUUUCUGGAUUGAUUUUGAACCAACCAUUCUAGGUUGGAUUUGAAUACACGCCAAAUUAAUUGGAGGUUGGCAUAAAGUGUACCUGAUGGAACUCAUUUGUAUCGAUAGAUCAAUUGCAUUGGGUUGGGUGCCUGCUUUCGAUGGGCAAAAGCCCUUAAAUAUUUUGGUGAUAUAUUCUCCAUGUUGCAAUAUGCCUAGUAAAAAAGUGAUGGCAAUCUGAAUGUUAUGUUCAGUGGUUCUAAUUUUUUUAUGCAACAAUUGUGAUUCCUUUUGUUAUCUAGGUGAUAUGGAUCUAGGAUAAGAAGUUGUGGUUGAGGUCGACAGCCGUGAUAGUCUGGUAACUGACCAGUCAAGUUGAUUAUCCAGAAGAGAGCUAAAGUUUGGGAAUUUGUUGAUACCGAAGUGGUUGAUGGUAAGGAGAAGGCAAUAUGCAGAUACUGGAUAAAAGUCCUAUACCUCCUGGUGGCUUCACAAACUUUAUCCAACCUCAUAUGUCGCAAAAUUUUCAUUUUGUUGGGGGUCAUGCUCAGUUUACCACAUUCAAACCGCCGCGCACUAUGGAAGAUACACCAUCAGAAGAAGAAAUAGGCACUCCUCUUUCAUCAACCAAAAGAAAUAAGUAUGUGACUGUUGACAGCGGGGAUGACUUAGAGUUACCUAGGACUGAGAAGCGAAUCCUUUGGACACAAGAAGAAGAUGUCAGGCUGAUGAGCUCAUGGCUGCACAAUUCAACGGACUCAAGCAUAGGCACUGAUAGGAAGAAUGAACAAUAUUGGUAUGAUGUUGCUGACACCUACAAUGAGACAACCCCAAGUCAUAGGAGAAGAAAUGCUGGUUCGGGAAGAGAUCAUAAAAAUUGUAAACUAAGGACCGUUGGCAUAAGAUCUGGAGGAUAUGGAAGAAAUCCCAAGACCAGAACAUGGACCCAAGAACAAUGGCAAAAAAAAUCUAAAAAGGAAGCACUUGAAAAGAAAGCCAAAGGGAAGGAUAUUGACCAAACAGAACUUGAGGAAUUGAAUACAUUUGGAAAAAUUCAAGCUGAUGAACAUGCAAACCGGCUGAAGGUAUUGGAAGUACAAAAGAAACUAUCAUCCGAGAAGAUUGAACGAGCAAAGCUUGCCCACCUAGCAGCAAAGGAGAAAAAGGAGGCAGCAAAGGCGCAAAGGGAGGCAAGAAAAUUAGAAGUUGAAGCUAGGAUGUUUGAGACAUAUAACCGCCUUCUCGCAAUUGACGUAGCAUUGAUGUCCGAUGAAGAUAAGUUGGAGCAUGCAAAUACAAUGAAGUGUUUGAAGAAGACAUUAUUUUCAUAUUACAACUGA